AUGAGUUCUAACGAUCAGCGUUCAAAAAAUUACAAACAUCGUGGCUUGGAUCAAGAAGAAUUACGUAAGCGUCGUGAGGGCUUGAAUAUAAUGUUACGUAAAAAAAAUCGAGAAGCACAGCAUUUCAAAAGAAGAAAUUUAGGUGGUAAUGAUGAUGUUGCUGAUGGAGCAGCAGAUAGUUUUGGUGUAGCAAAUGAUGGAACAAGACAACCUGGAAUAAGUGAACCAGUAAUAACAAGUCAGAUGAUUGCUGCAUUAUACGGCGAUGAUUCACAACAAAUGUUAGAUGCAACAGUACGUUUUAGAAAACUUUUAUCAAAAGAACCAAAUCCACCUAUUGAUGAAGUGAUAACAGCAGGCAUUGUUCCUCGAUUUGUUGAACUAUUGAAGUUUCAACAUUUUCAAAUACAGUUUGAAGCUGCGUGGGCUUUGACAAAUAUCGCAUCAGGUAAUUCAAUGCAGACAAAAUAUGUUAUUGAUGCUGGUGCUGUACCGGUGUUUGUUCAAUUAUUGAGUAGUCAAAAUGAAGAUGUUCAAGAACAAGCUGUUUGGGCACUUGGUAACAUUGCUGGUGAUAGUCCCGAAUGUCGUGAUUAUGUUCUUGAUACAGGCGUUCUUCAUCCUUUAUUAAACAUAUUUGCUCGGAAUACACGUUUAACAAUGGUAAGAAAUGCUGUGUGGUGUUUAUCGAAUUUAUGUCGUGGAAAAAAUCCAGCUGUUGAUUUUAAUAAAGUUGCACAAGCUUUGCCUGUGCUGAGUCGUUUACUCUAUAAUUUGGACAGUGAUGUACUUGCGGAUACGUGUUGGGCAAUAUCUUAUUUAUCUGAUGGUCCAAAUGAAAAAAUACAAGCUGUUAUACAAGCUGGUGUAACAACAAGACUUGUCGAAUUAUUAGCACAUCCAAUAUUAAAUGUUCAAUCUUCGGCGUUACGUGCUGUUGGAAAUAUAGUCACUGGCGAUGAUACGCAAACUCAGCUUGUCUUGGAUGCUGGUGUUUUACAGCAUUUACUUACAUUAUUACAAAGUCAAAAAGAAUCGAUCAAAAAAGAAGCAUGUUGGACAUUAUCAAAUAUAACAGCCGGUGUUCAAAAUCAAAUUCAAGCUGUUAUUAAUGCCGGUAUAUUUCCUUCAUUAAUUAAUAUUUUAAAACAUGGUGAUCAUAAAACCAGAAAAGAAGCAGCUUGGGCCGUCACUAAUGCAACAUCAGGUGGUACACCACAACAAAUCAAAUAUAUUAUUGAUCAAGGUGCAAUUCCACCGUUAUGUGAAUUAUUAAGUGUUGCAGAUGCAAAAAUAAUACAAGUGGCAUUUAAUGGUUUAGAAAAUAUAUUAAAAUUAGGUGCAGCUGAAGCUAAAAGAACGGCUGGACCAAAUCCAUAUGCAAUGAUGAUUGAAGAAUGCUUUGGGUUAGAUAAAAUUGAAUAUCUUCAAAGUCAUGAAAAUAUCGAAAUAUAUCAAAAAGCAUUUCAUAUUAUCGAGACAUAUUUUGGUGUUGAUGAAGAAGAAAAUGUUACUGCGCGAGUUUGGGUUAAUUAUGUCUUACAUUUUAUGGCAUGGAAAGAAAAAUUAGCGUUAAAGAAUAUUUCUAAAUUAUCAGACGGUCAUUUACAUAGUAAUGAUCAUGUAUUACCACAAGUUGAUUAUUAUUUAACCAAGAUGCCAUGGUCUCAAGCAGUAACUCUUCCUCGUUAUAUGAUACAUUUUAGUUACUCUGGUCAGUGUUACAAUGGUGUUCAGUUACAACGCUAUACUCGAAGUGUUCAAAAAACAUUACAAGAUGCUCUAAAUGCCUAUCAACCACAAUAUGCUGUACGCAUGGGCGUUUCAUCUCGAACAGAUGCCGGUGUUCAUGCUCUUCAUAACACAGCCAUUUUUCAUUGGGUUCAUCGUGAUCUCAAACUUCAAAAUCCAAGUACAUUAAUUAAACCAAUUAAUGACCAUUUACAUAAAAAUAAGGAAUUAAUACAUGUUGAUCGUAUUCAUGAAUUAUCACCACAAUUUCAUUUACGACGACAUUGUUUAUCACGAACAUACAUCUAUCGACUUGGAAUAUUAGAUGAAACAGAAUUUACUCAGGCCAAUAUGGAAAUACCAUUUUUAAGAAAAAAGAAUCGUUAUCUAUUACGUUCAUUAACUCCUGCUCAAUGCAAUUUAUUUGAUUAUCACUAUUUAACAUAUGUUGAACCACCAUUCAAUUUAGAUCGAUUCAAAGAAGCUAUGGAAGUAUUUCAAGGUCAACAUAAUUUUGCAGCAUUUACAACUGUUCUCGGUCGAGAAGCAAUGGACAUAGAAAAACGUUGUCCAGUUAAAACAUUAAAAUUAAAAUUAUUAAAAGGAGAAUCGUUACUACCAUCACCAAUUGACUCUACACUUCAUUCGAAAAUGACUGUUUAUAAUUUAGUAAUCGAAGGUGAAUCAUUUUUAUAUCGUUUAAUUCGUCGAAUAACUGGUGCAAUGGUAAUGUGUGCUCAAGGUAAAAUGACAAUACAAGAUAUUUUAAAUCGUUUUGAUUGUCCACCUGAUUAUUAUUUCAAUAAUCCAUACCCGAUAACAUUGAAACCUGAAGGACUAUUUUUAUAUCGAGUAAAUUAUAACGAAGAUGAAUAUUUACAUCCGAGAAUGUUACGAUCGGAUUAUAGAGCCGAAGAUGAUAGUGAGUUAAUGGCUAUGGAAGAUGUGUAUGAAGAGGAUGCCGAAGAACUCAUCGAAGAUAAUAACAAUGAUGAGGACGAGGACGAACAUUCUAGGAAUCAAAAACAGCAAACUAUUAUUAGAUAA